CGGUUUGCGAAUCUCGUCGCCCCCGCCUCGUUUGUGGUGUGCAUUGUUGAUGGAAGUGCCUGAAAAGCUCGCUUCGUGGCUUCAUGUAGAUUUGAUUGGUGAACACUGACUGUGAUGCGCCUCUGUGACGUGACAGAGAUCUUAGUGCUCGACGUUUGUUUUCUCCGCAUAGUAUAGGGGUGAGUAUUGGAAUUUGUAUGUCAAAGAAAAGCAAUAUUCUUUCCUUUUCAUGAGAGCAAGAACAGUGCGGCAAGGAGGUAGGCUCCAGCGAUUAUCUACCACAAGGAGCACUGUGCUCAACCUCGUCUCUCUCCAAACGUCAGUGCGAGGUCUUCAUUGACCCUUUUAUUUGUCUCGAACGGAAGCUGUGGAAAAUGGGGCUCACCAAUGACGUACCGAGCACUGUCAGUUCUCAGAAGAAGACCGUGGCCGUCAUUAUGAUGGGGGGGCCUACUAAAGGUACUCGCUUCCGGCCACUUUCUUUUAACUUGGCUAAGCCUUUGUUUCCCUUGGCGGGCCAGCCAAUGGUUCAUCAUCCAAUCCUUGCGUGCAAAAAGAUACCUGAUUUGGCGCAGGUGUAUCUUAUUGGAUUUUAUGAGGAAAAAGAAUUUUCGCUCUACAUCUCUGCGCUUUCAAACGAUCUUAAGGUCCCUGUGAGGUACUUGCGUGAGGACAAACCUCACGGAUCUGCUGGUGGCCUAUAUAAUUUUCAGGAUCUACUGAUGGAAGAUGACCCUACCGACAUUGUUGUAUUGAACUGCGAUGUAUGCUGCAGCUUUCCUUUGACUGCAAUGCUCGAGGCUCACAGAAAGCAUGGGGGGAUAGGCACACUUUUAGUCAAGAAGGUGUCUAAAGAAGUCGCAAGCGAAUUUGGUGAGUUGGUGGCGGAUACCAAAACAGGCGAGCUACUUCAUUAUGCAGAGAAACCGGAGACUUUCGUGAGUGAUUUCAUCAAUUGUGGAGUUUAUGUAUUCACACCAGAAAUUUUUAAUGCCAUCAAAAAUGUUUCAUCAAGCAAGCAUGAAAUCUCAAGUCUUCGUCGCAUGUCAAGCUUCGAAGCCCUCCACACUGCAACUAAUAGCAGAGCUAUGCAAGCUGAUUUUGUGAGGCUUGAUCAAGAUAUCCUCACCCCUCUAGCUGGCAAAAAGAAGCUCUAUACCUUCGAAACUAAUGAUUUCUGGGAGCAGAUUAAAACACCAGGAAUGUCUCUCCGGUGCUCGUCGCUGUACUUAGCACAAUAUAGGGUGACGAUGCCCGAGCUUUUGGCUAGUGGAGAUGGUAAUAGAUCGCCUACAAUAAUAGGAGACGUCUUCAUCCAUAGAUCUGCCAAAGUUCAUCCAACUGCCAAGCUAGGACCUAAUGUCUCUGUAUCAGCCAAUGCCCGUGUUGGCCCUGGUGCUCGGCUCAUAGGGUGUAUCAUUCUUGAUGAUGUUGAAAUCAAGGAAAAUGCUGUAGUGAUGCACUCUAUAGUUGGCUGGAAGUCUACAUUGGGCAAAUGGGCUCGAGUUCAGGGAGGAGGCGAUUACAAUGCCAAGUUGGGCAUCACCAUUCUUGGAGAAGACGUGGCCGUUGAGGAUGAGGUUGUUGUUGUUAAUUGCAUUGUCCUACCUCACAAGACCCUCAACAUUAGCGUCCAAGAUGAGAUCAUCUUGUAAAUGCUGAUGAGAUUUAUGUCGAGACUUGAUAGCGUGAUGUGUAUCACACAUUAAUAGCGAGUUUCUUAUGUGGUUCUUUUGGUCUUGGUAGGCUGUCUGUUUAGUUGGCUAUUUUAGAGGAGGCUGGACCACGGGUUAGGCUGCGGUGGCGGGAAGUUUUAUAAGCAGAGAAGUUUCUGAUUACUGAAGACUGAGAUAGAAAUAAAUAUGUUGUGAGUAGGAUAUUUCAUUAAAGAAUCAGUUAUUGUAUCGCAUGUGAGGCCCUAAAGAAGGCUAUUGUGCACCGUGUACUUAUUGGCUA